UUCCAGGAGAAAGAGGAAGUAAAACGCUAAGUUUGGAAGUGUUUUGUUAUAAUAAUUGAGAGAAUAUAAUGUUUUGAAGAUGUUGAAAAGCCAACUAAACGCGUAAAAGGGUCCUGUUUUGCGAAAAAGCAACCAUAGACCUUGGCGAUCAUAGACGGGGUUAUCUUGUAUCAGUAGCGCUGAUUUUGGUUUCAAGUCAUUGUGUACAGAGGAAUGCAAGUGGUUUUCUGUGGUAGCAUUUCAUUGUUUGGUCAAUGAUCCUGAAAGCCCUUGCCUAAAUUGGCAGAUUUGGGAAACAUUUGCGAUUUGUUUCAACACUUCCAUUAGCAUGUGUUUAAAUUGCGAGAUUUAGCGUUCAAUCGAAGGACUUGCGGUGACUGGUAGCGGUGGUGUAGCGCGCCCCUCAUCUCGCCCUUUUUUACGGUACAACUAGCGAUGACGCUUGCGGUGUUUUUUGGCUGUGCAUUUAUUGCAUUCGGCCCAGCCUUCGCUCUUUUUAUAUUCACUAUAGCCAAGGAUCCACUAAGAGUAAUCAUUCUCAUAGCAGGGGCAUUCUUUUGGCUUUUAUCCCUAUUGUUAUCGUCCUUGGUGUGGUUCAUCGCCACGAAAGCCAGUAACGCAGAUGACACGAGCUUACAGAGAGGCCUGCUGAUAUUCGGGGUCAUAUUCUCCGUAUUGCUGCAGGAGGUGUUCCGUUACGGCUACUACAGAAUUCUGAGGAAGGCCAAUGAGGGGUUGGCUGCCAUCAGUGAAGACGAGAGCUCCACGAUAUCGGUCCAGCAGAUGGCCUACGUGGCGGGCCUGGGCUUCGGGAUCAUGAGCGGGGCGUUCUCCAUGAUCAACAUCCUGUCGGACUCCUUGGGGCCGGGCACGGUGGGCAUCUUCGGAGACUCCCAGUACUACUUCAUCACCUCAGCAUUCAUGACCUUGGCCCUGACCCUGCUGCACACCUUCUGGGGCGUGGUGUUCUUCGAGGGCUGCGAGAAGAGCCGGUGGUGGGUCAUCGGAGUGGUCGUUGCGAUGCACCUACUGGUGUCCUGCCUGUCGCUGUUGAACCCUCUGUACUCGGGCAGCCUGCCCCCCGUCUACGUCAUCAUGGUGCUCAUGGCAGUCUGGGCCUUCUACUCCGCGGGGGGGUCGCUAUCCAGCCUCACACAGCUCUGCUCUCGUAGGAUGUCUGAUGUGAAUUCCUCCUAACUGGUUUUAUGUUUUGACAACUCAAGGAGUCGCAGGGCGGGACAUUGUGUUGCUGAAUUCGGUGCACUAACGGGAACAGACAACCACCACACCCACCCACCUACCCCCUGCCACCACCAACCUAGCCAUCCCAUUGGAGGAGACAGCUGCCCAUCACACAGUCAUCAGUAACCUGGAUCACGCGUGUGUAUGUGUGUGUUGGUGUUGGUGCUGGUGGGUGGGUAGGUGGUUUGUGUGUGUGUCGGGGGUGUGUGUUUUCGUUCUAUCUCUCGCUCUCUCUCUUGGGGAGGAUAAACUUUCCCAAAAAAGUCAUUUUUUUACGGCCUUGAGUUUUUUUUGUGGGGGGAGUAGAGCAAGUCUGGACUGCAGAAAUUCUCUUUAAAUCAUACUCACUGUAAAUAGCUUGACAUACUGUAGUUUUUUUCUCUCUCUCUGUCUCUCUUUCUCACACACACACACACAUUCAUACAGACACACAUACCGGUGUGCACAAGUCACGCACAGGUCUGUGUGGCUGUAAGAACUUUCUAGAUGCACAGAAGGCUCAAGGUGGUCUUGUCUUUUUCUCUGAUUCUUGAUUCCUUUUCCUCCCUCCCUCUCCUCCACCACCUCCUCCUCCUCCUUUAAGAUCUGGACUGGACUUUAGUUGGGACUCUGUGUAGAUGUUUCUCUUAUUUUUGUUUCUGUUUUUUUUUUUUUUUAAUUCUCCUUUUAAUCAUGCAAAAAUGUAAAAGCAGAAGCCUCGAUCGAGGUGUCUUAUUGAUUGUCUUGUGAAAAAAAGAGAAAUAAGGUGGUGGUGAGAAAUGUUAAUGUUAACACAUCUCACUUCACUGUGUGUAUUGAGGAGCGCGGCUCAGAUAUGUUGGCUUAUUCAGACAUCACGUUUUGGUCAGACAUCAACAUGUUCGCUGACUUUUUUCUUUGAAUUCUCUUCAUCUAUACAACUGACCAAACGACGAGCCAAGCACUGUACGUACGUGGUUCCCUUUUCUGUUGCACAUCCCUGUAUGUCCAUUAAAACUGCCUUUGUUUCAAGAAUA